AUGGACGCUGCACCCUCAUCCCCUGAGUCGGGUCCCCUGUCGCCUGUCCUUCUGGACGCACCUCAGGCCGAGGUGCUGGAAGACGUGCUGCGGGAACAGUUCGGGCCGCUGCCCCAGCUGGCCGCCAUCUGCCGGCUGAAGCGGCUGCGCUCGGGCGGCUAUUCGUCGACGGAGGACCUCCAGUUGGUGCUGGAGCGGCGGCGCGUGGCCAACGCCAAGGAGCGCGAGCGGAUAAAAAAUCUCAACCGUGGUUUUGCCAAACUGAAGGCACUUGUGCCAUUUCUUCCCCAAAGCAGGAAGCCUAGCAAAGUUGAUAUCCUUAAAGGUGCAUCUGAAUACAUACAAGUUCUCAGUGAUGUUUUGGAAGGAUCCAAAGACUUAGAGAAACAAGAGCCAGAGGAGCAGAACUAUAGCAACAAUACUUGUGAAUCACAUGUUUCCUUGGCUAGAGAGCUAUCAAGAAACGUUAUCCGACAUACCAGCUGUGCCGUUGGCUUGAAGAGUGAAGAGGAAGGGCCCUGGGCAGAUGGUGGCAGUGGUCAGCCAGCAUACACUUGUUGCCCGGGUCUGACGCUGGCCACCAGAAAUUACUUCACCGGCCAGGAGUCUGGAUAGGUUCCCAGAAGCAGAAGAGUUCCUGAGUGACAG